GGUGGUUUGUAUGUAGCUCAUGUACAAUUUACAAUAGCCAAGAGAAUCCAAGCUUUCACCUUAGUUUCAUUAUGCAGGAAGUAUUCACUAUACCGGUCUUUUGCUUGUUUUUAUUUCCCACUCUAGUGCUUUCUUUGAAUAAUUUUGUUGACAACUUUGAGACGCUAAACUAUCGUACUGUAAAUACAGCACGGAGAAAACGUUCGCAAGGAUAUGGCGAACCAAUAAAUUUGAAAUUUCAUGCUUAUAAUAGAACAUUUCACCUCAGCUUACUCCCUCUGGAUGAAUACAACGAUCAUUUUCAUCCAGACCACAUCCUAGAUGAAAAUGGGCGGUAUGAAGACAUCCAGCCGCACAAUUUUUUAUAUGAAGGAUAUAUUGAAGGCGAUCCUGGAUCCACCGCUUAUGGAUCCAUCUUGGAUGGAAUUUUCGAUGGUCAUAUACGCACAUCAGAUGGUCACUCGUAUACAAUCGAUCGAGCAGCCAAAUAUUUUGACUAUACAUCGCGUCCUUCAAAAUAUCAUUCUAUCAUUUAUGAUGACGCAGAAAUCAACCAUGGAAAAAUGCGGGCUAAACGUUCUGCGUCUUCACCUUAUGAGCAAACCUCACAUGGCUGUGGUUUGAGUGAUCGUGUGAAGCGAGAAAUGGAGCUUAUACAGCAAUCAGCAGAAGUGCCGGAGGAAAUGUACACCAACUACAUGACAAUGCAAGGACGAUCCAAAAGAUCGACGCGUGACGAAAAAGGUCUCUAUACUGUAAGAACAUGUUCACUUUAUCUACAAGCCGAUCACAAGCUGUACGAACACAUUAAACGGAAAGAAGGAAACAAUGAUCCUAUCAGGACGCGCGAAGAGAUUGUUGGCUUGUUUUACAAUCAUAUAAAAGCUGUGAAUGAAAUCUAUGAAGGGACUAAUUUCAAUGGCAUCAAAGGACUCCAUUUUGUUAUUCAAAGGACUUCGAUUUAUACACCAGAAACCUGCGAUCGAGGUCGUCCAGUUGCUGGUAGCGACAACCCUUUUUGUGAAGAGAACGUAGAUGUAUCAAACUUUUUGAAUCUCAACUCACAACGCAAUCAUUCCGCUUUUUGUCUCGCUUAUGCACUCACUUUUCGCGAUUUUGUCGGAGGCACUCUUGGAUUGGCUUGGGUGGCAAGCCCACAGUACAAUACGGCUGGUGGUAUUUGUCAAGUGUACCAACGUUACAACGAGGGAUCGAGAGGAUGGGUUUUUCGCUCAUUGAAUACCGGAAUUGUGACGCUUGUCAACUAUGGGAAUCGUGUACCAACGCGAGUAUCACAGCUUACGCUUGCACAUGAGAUUGGCCACAAUUUUGGAUCACCACAUGACUUUCCUCUAGAGUGUCAGCCAGGCUUGCCCGAUGGCAAUUUUAUUAUGUUUGCCUCUGCAACUUCCGGAGACAAAGUGAACAAUGCCAAGUUUUCGCCUUGUUCUGUGGCCAACAUCUCGAGUGUACUUCAUGUUGUACUACAGUCUGUACCAAUCGAUCCUACUCGGCAUGCUGGUCCGGUUGGCGCUUUGAUGAAGCGCAAUUGCUUCCAAGAAAGAACAUCUGCCUUUUGUGGAAAUCAGAUCUGGGAACCGGGAGAGGAAUGCGAUUGCGGCUUUUCACAGGCAGAUUGCGAUCAAAUGGGCGACAAAUGUUGCAUGCCUCACGAGUCAACUAGAAAUGGUUUUAGUGUGGCUGGACCUUGCAAGAGAAAGAAAGGGGCUAAGUGUUCUCCAUCUGAAGGACAUUGCUGCAAUCCUGAGACAUGUUCACUUUUUGAAAGUAAUGACUUCGUAAUUUGUCGACGGGAGUCGGAAUGUAGCGAGGCACAAACUUGCGAUGGACUUACGGCACAGUGCCCUCCUUCAUUACCAAAAGAAGAUGGUCUGUCUUGUCAUGAUAGCACUAAGGUCUGUUCUCACGGUAAUUGCAAUGGAUCCAUCUGCGAGGUUGUUGGUCUCAAAGAUUGUUUCUUGACUGAGGGAAAACCGGAAGAGCUUUGCUAUCUGGCUUGUGUAAAGGAUGGAAAGUGCACAUCGAGUGUUUACCUUCCGGAAUUCGCAUCUAAUAGGACUAACUUUGUACAGUCGGGAAGAAAAGGAAAGAGCGGUUUGGUGCUUCAUCCUGGCUCGCCUUGCAAUAACUAUAAGGGUUACUGUGACAUAUUCCGUAAGUGCCGCAGUGUGGACGCAAAUGGCCCACUUGCACGGCUUAAAAAUCUUCUCUUCAACAAGAAGACCAUCGAAACCGUAACGCAAUGGGUGCAGGAAAAGUGGUGGGUGGUUGUAUGUGGCGCACUGGGAUUGCUGAUUUUUAUGGCCCUCUUCAUCAAAUGCUGCGCAGUGCACACACCAAGCACUAAUCCGAAUAAAGCGCCAGCUCUAAACCUUUACCAAACGCUCACGAGACCGUCGACGUUGAUUCGACAACGACGACAUCGAAGUCGCGCCCCCGUAGCUGUGGCUACGGGUGGUGGUGCAUCAAGUCGUUCGAAUGCCGUUCCAUCGUCAGCUCCUCGGGUGGUGCGAGCUUCUGCUCCCCCUUUACCAACCACACCAGUUCCUGUACCACUUAUUCCGACCGGAUCAGCGCCACCACCUCCUGCUGCGGUGCUGGUGGUAGAACCACCACCACCUUAUACUGCUGCUGCUGGCCCUGGUAGCGCUCUCGGUGGUCCACGACGGGGACAUCGACGGAAUAAGCGGCAAACCAGCGCGGAUGCUGCACCGAAGUCGCGGAGUAAAGGCAAGUGAUUGUCAUAUCAACUUACUCAGUGAACAGGUGUUUAUAUACUACACAUGGGUGCUUUUCAUUGUUUAUUUGAAAUUCCAUUCAAUCAUAAUCUCCAACAUAAACUGUCAACUUAAUCUUUCGAAUAUCUCAGUUUUUAAGCAUUAUAAUAUUCAUGAUAGUCAUUGCCAAAUUUUCGUUUUUCACGGUUCAUCGAAUAAUUUCACGGUGACGUUCACCUCAAUGUGUGCACAAUAACGAACUUUCUUCCAAUGUGUAUUAUCAGCGGUAUUUGCUCACUUAUCACUUUCACGAUUUUUUCUUUCUAAGUUUUCAUUGGUAUCUCCUAUAAAAUUGUCCAUUUGUUUCUAGGUUGCUAUUAAUUUCUUUGCCCAUAAUUCCAUCUUGAGAUUUUUUUUUUGUAGGCAUUGGCUGAAUUUCUAAGGGCAAUUUUCGCUUUUGCAUUGCCUCAAAAGCCUUUCUGUCGCAUUUUGAAAUUCCUAUGAAU